AUGGACCAAAUGAUUCCCUACGACGCGAUUUGUUUUCCUUCCGACGACCGUCCCCCCCACUUGGUCUCCCUGAUGACCACAGUGCUCAAUGUGGUUCUUCCCAAUCCGUCCCAGCCUUACCGCUGUGGUCGCAUGCCACACCCAGAGAUUCAUAUCGACUAUAUUGCCGAAGGCUUGGGGCCCAGGUCCUGGCGGUAUCAUCUUGUUGAGGCCCUUGAUGGCAUGAACAAGAAGUUCCCCACUCCGUACAUACUCUUCUACCCCAUUGUCUCCCGUGAUGGGAUGCCCUUCCCAGUCAACAAGUGCAUCCGCGAGAUUCAGGGCGCCUCCUUCAACGAGGCUAAAGCGUGGCGUGGAAACACUGUUGUCGCCAAAUACCGCGACGCAGACUAUUCUCAGAUGGCAGAAGUAUCGAUGGCCGAUUUCCCGAUCCUCAAGAACUAUCUCAAAACCUGCCCUGCUCCGUGA